GUCUCGAGGAUACUGUGAAGUCGAACGAGCAAUGAUCGGUAACGCUGCGUUCUCACCUUUCUACGUAGCCGGGAUUCGCGCCCUGGUUUGCUUCUUCCUGUGCGUCGCUUCCUGCACCUCCAGCGAGUACGUGGGAAGAGAAUCGCCGAGCAGCGCAGCAAACGAUAGGAUGUCGGGAAACGACCUCGGCCCUUGCAACGACGGGAAGUGCAUCAAACGUACCACGCAAGACAUCACCAGCGGCAUGUGGUUCGGGCCGCGAUUAGGCAGACGACGCAGAUCGGAGCGGAAAACGGAAGUCGACCCGGACCUCGAAACCCUGGCGACCAUACUCGAUGGUGGCCGCUGGGCCGUCAUCACGAUUCCAGGCGGAGAAAAGCGGCAGCCAACUCAAUUUACACCUCGGCUAGGACGAGACUCGGGCGAGGAGCUGUUGUACGGUUUCCCGAAAGAUCAGGACGAAUUCUACACCGAGGAGCAAUACGUUCCGCCGUUUUUCGCGCCUCGUUUAGGUCGCCGAUUGCCGUGGACACCGUCGCCAAGACUCGGCCGCCAAUUGCACAGCAUCUUCAACAAACCUAGACAAUACUCCGACGAUUCACGCUUCUGAGAUUUCGCUUGCUCGACAUGCUGAAACAAAGACGAUAGCCGAAGACAUAGUGUAAUUAUCAAAAUAAAGGACUUGUAUCUAUUUGUAUUAUAAAAGUUCCCUUCAUACUUGCA